GACGCCAUUGCUGCUGUCACAGAGAGGCGAAGCUCCGGUCAGUGUGUGAGCGAAAGAGAGGGAUCGCUGCGGGAGAGCCUGGCACCCGACACGCACCGCCGGCACGGGGUGAGGAGCCCCCCCCGCACUGCACCCCGCCCCCACCGCGGGGCCCCCGGCACGGAGCUCGGGCCCCGGACAGACCGCCUCCCCCCCCCCCCCCCGAACAGGCCGGGAUCCCGCGGCCUCCUCCUGUGACACGGGGCGGCCCGCCGUGCCCGCAGCCCCGGGAGCAAGGAGUCCCCGCUAGGAGGCGGGAGCUGGCAGCCCCCCGGGCACCGUGUGUGGAGCUGGGCAGCCCCGGGCCGUGCAUGGACUGAGCCCGCCCGGCCGCCCCGGCACUGUGUGUGUGUCAGCCCGCCCGGCCGCCCCGCUCCGCCCGCACUGCAUUCCCCGACAAGCAGGGGGAGGCCGCAGCGCUUCCUUCCCCUCCUCUUCCUCUCCCAGCCCACGGCCGCGGGCCGCCCCUCCCCCACUCGGGUGACUCAUUUCUCCGCGCCGGAUUAGGAGGACAGUCCGGGUGAUCCCUGUUGUGUGUGUCCCCCUCCCCCCAGCCGGCCGGCCGGCGCUGUGUAAUGUGGGACAUGGCGGCUCUCACUGGGCCCUGCUGAGCUCCAGCACGGUCUGCCAGGCCUGGCCCAGCUUCUCACUGUCACAGGAUCCGCCUGGGCCUCGGACACCGCCUGCCAAGCUCCAGCAUCGGACACAGGAUUUAGGUCUCAGACAUGCCCAGCCCUGGUAGCCAGGCUCCCGGAGGAUCAUGACUGCGGCGGCUAACUGGGCAGCCAACGGGGCGAGCCUGGAGGACUGUCACUCAAACCUCUUCUCAUUGGCUGAACUGACUGGCAUCAAAUGGCGUCGCUACAACUUUCAGGGCCAUGGAGACUGCAGCCCAAUCAUCUCUGCACCAGCCCAGGAUGACCCCAUUCUGCUGAGCUUCAUCCGCUGCUUGCAGGCCAACCUGCUCUGUGUAUGGAGACGUGAGGUCAAGCCGGAUCGUAAAGAGCUUUGGGUCUUUUGGUGGGGUGAUGAGCCCAACCUUGCUGAUGUCAUACACCACGAACUUUUAAUGGCUGAUGAGGGACUGUGGGAGAAUGGGCUGUCUUAUGAGUGUCGAACAUUGCUCUUCAAGGCCAUCCACAACUUGCUUGAAAGGUGUUUGCUUGAUAAGGGUUUUGUGCGAAUUGGGAAAUGGUUUGUGAAGCCCUGUGAAAAGGAGGAAAAAUCUGCAGCCAAGAGUGAGAACCUGUCCUGCGCCUUCACCUUCUUCCUGCAUGGGGAGAGCAAUGUUUGCACAAGUGUGGAGAUAGCUCAGCACCAACCAGUAUAUCUUAUUAACCAGCAGCAUCUGCAGUUGGCACAGACCUCGCACACACCAUGUCAAGUGAUACUGAGCCCAUACGGGUUAAAUGGUACUCUGACCGGUCAUGCCUAUAAGACCUCUGAUCCCACUACUCGCAAGCUACUUGAGGAGUGGCGUCCUUUCUACCCCACUGUACUGUGUGCCAGGAAAGAGCAGCCUGGCAAUGAAGAGCUUUUGUAUGAUGAUGAUUUCCCAGCAGCUGUAGAAGUUAUCGUAGGUGGUGUUCGAAUGGUGUAUCCGUCAGCUUUCGUUCUCAUUGCCCAUUCUGACCUGCCACUUCCUCCCCCUGCUGGGAGCACCGGGCACAGUACCAAUGGCUCCAAUCAAAACACAGCGGUUGCUAAAGACCCAAGUCCAUGCAGGAUGCCGCUCACUCCACCCACUUCACCAGAUCAAACAGCUCAAAGUGAUGGACGGGGCGUAUUAGCAAGCUCUAACAGCCUGUCAACAGUAGAGAACCUUUCCCACUCAAUGUACAGCCCCAAACGUGGAAGAAGAAGCUAUCAGAAGGUGCAUGGUCACAUGGUGCAGCGAGCAUGGAGAGAGUGCAUCAUGAACAGAAGCCAGCCAAAGUUGAAUGUUCCUAACCAGCAAGAAGAUGAGACUCCAAUGAGUGAGACACCUUGGGAAUUUGUGGAUCCCACUCAUAAAGUAAACUGCUCUUGCUCCAGACACAAGCUGUCCAAGCAGCGUGGAGCACUUGGUGCCAAUCGCCCUCCCUCUGUCUCCCAGCCAGGGGUAGGUGGAAUACCCUCCUCUAACAGCACUUCCCUUGCACCUCCUGCAUCUUCCAAGCACAAGCCAAGUGAACGUCCGGAAAAAGCAGAAAAGCUUCAAAAGAAGACCACCACUCCUUUCCACCAUCGCCCAUCACCCACACAAAGUGAGCAGUGCCUGACACAGGAACAAACUGUACUCAACCAUCAAGGUGCAGAGUCUGUAACAGGGCCAGCAGCGAACAGGCAGUACACCGAUAUACCAUCCACUGGGGAAUUGGACCAGUUACUACAAGUACAAUCCACAGACUCUCCACAUUCCCCUGCUUCUCCAAUGCCUCCCACCCUUAGUCCACAGCCUCCCCAUGAAAUCGAAAUUUCUGAUCCAGAUGUGGCAACAUGCAGCUCUUCUCUGUACCCAAGUGGGUUAGAGUUGCAGGCACUAGAUGAUAGGACGAUGAUGGCAACAGGCAUGAACUUGCCCAUCAUAACAGAGCUAAGUGAAACCAGCUUGUACAGUUCUGGUUUGUCUCAGAGUCAGCAAAUGGGGGACAUUUGGCAGGGCUACCAACUGCCAACGAUGGGCCAAGAGUUUGUUCGGCCAGAGAUACAUGGAGAAUGGUAUGAAAACAAGCAUGAGCUUUGUCCAGACAGCACUGCACUGAAAAGGCUCCUUGCUCAGCCAAACAAACGUUUCAAGGUGUUGGAUGAGAAUCGUCCAGACUCUCUCACGUAUCUGGAUCAGCUCCAUCGGCCGUGUGAAGGUUUUGGGGAUCCCAAAGACCCUUACACUUUUGAGGAUGGUGACAUAAAGUAUAGCUUUACCAACACAAAGAAGUGCAAAAUGGGAGCAGAAAGGGACCCCUCUCGAAAACUUAAGGGUGAUGAGGGGUUUGAAAAAGAUGCCUCACCAACAGAACACCCUGCCCCAGUGCCUGAUGGAAAAGAUGCCAUGUCUAUUUUUAGUCCUUCGACCAAAUCAGAUCCACGGCAGGACAGAGGGGUGGCUGCAAGUCUCACACAGGUUACUGACCUGGCUCCCUCUCUCAACGACCUGGACAACAUAUUCGACAACUCUGAGGAUGAGGACCUGGCAGGCUCUCCAGGAACUCGUGCAAUAAAGGUGCCCCCAGGAGGGGCAGAAGAUCGGGCACUUGGCAAAGAUGGAAGGACAACUGUUCCAUACCUACCAACAGCAGCUGAUUUACAGAGGAUGUUUCCAACUCCGCCUUCUCUGGAGCAGCAUCCUGCCUUCUCCCCCAUCAUGAUGUACAAAGAUGGAGUAGGCUCGGAGACAGCAGCAGCUCUGGGCAUGAUGGAGAGUCCCAUGGUCAGUUUGGCUUCUAUGCAAAAUGUAGAGUUCAAGAUGGAGGUUGAGGAGGGUCUGUGCAGCCCAAAACCUGAGGCAAUUAAGGAUUUCUCUUAUGUGCACAGAAUCUCUACCUGUCAGCCCUUCUUAGGGUCCUCUAUGUUUGCUCCACUCAAAUCUUUGCCCAGCCAGUGCCUGCUGUCCUUGAAGAUACCAGAUGCCUGUGUAUAUCGACCUUCUUGGGCAGCUCCCCCAAAGAUUCAGCACCUUCCCCUGCCAACUGCUACUACUUUCAGCAGAGAUGGUUACAUGAAUGUUCCCAGUGUUGGUAGUUUAACAGAUCCAGAUUAUCUUCAGUUGAACACUCCACAAACCAACACACCUGUUGCCCCGUGUAGCACUGCUCCAGCUAGCAACAGUGGAACUGGAGGUGUCUUGCCCUCCCCAGCCACACCUCGCUUUUCUGUUCCUACUCCUCGAACUCCAAGAACACCUAGAACUCCACGUGGUGGGGGAGGAGCCAGUGGCCAAGGUUCUGUGAAGUAUGAUGGCACUGACCUCUGCUCCCCCGCAUCCACACCAUCCACCAUGAGGCCUCUAAGCUCAGUGGAACCAGCCAGCAGUCAUCCAGCUCCUGAAGCCCACAGCCUUUAUGUUACUUUAUUGCUUUCUGACUCUGUUCUCAACAUCUUCAAAGACCGGAACUUUGAUAGCUGUUGCAUCUGUGCCUGCAACCUUAACAUCAAGGGGUCAGAUGUGGGCAUUUACAUCCCAGACUCAUCUAAUGAAGACCAGUAUCGCUGUACAUGUGGAUUUAGUGCCAUUAUCAACCGCCGCCUUGGUUACCAUUCUGGACUCUUUGUAGAGGAUGAGAUGGACAUCUUUGGCAGGUCCUCUGAUGUAGGUCAGGCAGUGGAAAGAAGGUUAAACAUGCGAGAAGCGAUGCAAACAGGCCGUGAGCCUCCACACCCUGGUUUUUUACUGCUCGUGCAAAGUCAGUGCACUCGGCCUUUUACCAGCAGUAUUUGGGACAUGCCUUGCUCUCGGGGAGAAACAUUUCUUGAGGGACCUACAUGGAGCUAUGACAAGGUGCGAGCAGAAAGCUCAGAUGCAUGGCCAGAGUGCCUGAAUGCAUUAGAGCAAGGAAGGCAGUAUGUAGACAACCCUACAGGAGGAAGAGUGGAUGAAGCUCUGGUUAGGAGUGCUACCUUUCACCUUUGGCCACACAGCAAUGUGCUGGAUGUGAGCAUGCUGCCCUCACAGGAUGUGGUGCGCAUGCUACUUUCUCUGCAGCCUUUCUUGCAAGACGCCAUACAGAAAAAAAGAACAGGAAGAACUUGGGAGAACAUUCAACAUGUGCAAGGCCCUCUCACCUGGCAGCAGUUCCAUAAAAUGGCUGGCCGUGGAUCCUAUGGCUCAGAAGAAUCUCCAGAACCUCUGCCAAUCCCCAACCUUCUGGUGGGUUAUGACAAGGAUUUCCUAACAGUGGCCCCAUUCUCUCUUCCUUUCUGGGAGCGUCUUCUACUUGAGCCUUAUGGGGGGCAGCGAGAUGUUGGAUAUCUGGUGCUCUGUCCUGAAAAUCCAGCUUUGAUAGAUGGGGCCAAAGCCUUCUUUAGGGAUCUGAGUGCUGUAUAUGAGAUGUGUCGUCUUGGUCAGCACAGGCCAAUCUGUAAGGUGCUUAGUGAUGGGAUUAUGAAGGUUGGCCAUUCAGAAGGCGAAACGUCUACAGAGGAGAAUUCCAUUGAGGAGAUAGAUAAUCAUGCCCGUUUGCGGCUCUACACGCAGACUUGCCGCCAACAUCUUGCUCCUUACCUUUCGUCACUCCAGUUGGACAGCAGCCUGUUAUUACCUCCGAAAGGCCAGUCACAUUCUCAACAAAGCACCCCUAGUGCUGCUGCACCUCCACCUGUAAACAACCUUCCUUUUAAUGCCACUCCUAAUGGCACAAGCACUUCAUCCAUACCACCACCCUCAUCCUCCUCUGCGCCCACUGGGAAUAGCACUGCACCAGCUGGGUUUAGCAGCACGCCGGCACAGAAUUCUGUGAAUUCUAGUGAGAGGCCAGCACCUAGCCAGCCCAGUGGAGAAACAGAGCCCAACCAGCAAACCACCCAACAAGAAGCACCAGAAAGUACCACAGAGAGAGAGAAAAUAGGCAUCCCCACAGAGCCAGAACAAGCUGGAGGCCUCACAUCUUUGCCUGCUAUAGUUAUAUACAUAGUGGACCCUUUUGUAUAUCCAGCUGAUGAGGAUUCUCACACAGAGAACUUCUGGCUGCUGGGCCUGAUUCGGUCUUUUACAGACAUGCUGGAGAGUUUACCGGAGCAACAUCGUGCCUCCUGCAUCCUACAGGUGGUCCCCUGCUGGUAUCUCCUUCAGACAGUAAGUGAUGACAAGGUCUCUUAUAUCCAGCACUUGAAGACUCUUGCAUUCUCUGUGUACUGCCAGUGCAGACGACCAAUUCCCUCCCAGAUACCUAUUAAACCUCUCACUGGCUUCGGCCCUGCUGCUGCUCUUAAUGCAAUACUCAGGAACCCAGAGAAUCCUAUCCCUGGGCAGCUAUAUUCUCCACCCUUCCUGCUUGCCCCCACCAAGGACAAACAGACAGAGCUGGGUGAAACAUUUGGUGAGGCUGGGCAGAAAUACAAUGUGUUGUUUGUUGGAUACUGCCUUUCCCACGACCAGCGCUGGCUCUUGGCUUCUUGCACUGAUCUCCAAGGGGAGUUGUUGGACACAUGUGUGGUGAAUAUUCAUGUGCCCAAUAGGUUUCGGAGAAGCAAAGUAUCAGCGCGCAAGAUUGGGUUGCAGAAGCUAUGGGAGUGGUGUGUGGGGAUCAUGCAGAUGACAUCAUUGCCAUGGAGAGUGGUGAUUGGACGCCUUGGGCGAUUGGGUCAUGGCGAGCUGAAGGAUUGGAGCAUUUUGCUUGGAGAAUGCUCUCUACAGACAAUCAGCCGUCAACUUAAAGAAACAUGCAGAAUGUGUGGCAUCUCAGCUGCUGAUUCACCCUCUAUCCUUAGUGCCUGCCUUGUAGCUAUGGAGCCCCAGGGAUCCUUCAUUGUCAUGCCUGAUGCUGUCACAAUGGGCUCUGUGUUUGGCCGCAGCACAGCUUUGAAUCUACAGACUUCUCAGCUUAGCACACCGCAGGAUGCUUCUUGUACUCACAUUUUGGUGUUCCCUACUUCAGCGACCAUACAGGUUGCACCUGCUAAUUAUGUGAAUGAGGAUGGUUUCAGUCCUAAUAAUGAUAUGUUUGACCUGCCAUUUCCAGACGAUAUGGACAAUGACAUAGGAAUUUUAAUCACAGGCAAUCUGCACUCACCCCCAAACUCCUCGCCAGGCUCUCCCACAGGCAUCGGGGUGGGAUCUCACUUCCAGCACAGCCGGUGUCAGGGUGAGCGCCUUCUAUCUCGAGAGACACCAGAAGAGCUCAAGCAGCAGCCUCUGGCCUUGGGGUACUACGUGUCUACAGCCAAAGCAGACAACCUGCCAGAAUGGUUCUGGUCUUCAUGUCCCCAAGCUCAAAACCAGUGUCCCCUGUUUCUAAAGGCCUCCCUGCACCACCAUAUCUCUGUAUCUCACAGUGAGGACCUCAUUCCUGUACGUACUUCUCCACGUGUCCCUCAUCCCUUGGACUCUAAGACUACAUCAGACGUUCUAAGGUUUGUGCUGGAGCAGUAUAAUGCACUGUCAUGGCUGACCUGUAACCCUGCCACUCAGGACCGAACUUCUUGCCUGCCUGUUCACUUCACGGUGCUCACACAAAUGUACAAUAUGGUGAUGGACAUUCUCUGAACGCUUUCAUACAGCUUUGAUCAGGGACAUUUAAAAACCUCCAGCCAGCAGCCUGAAAGAUCAACUGGUGAUCAUGGAGUCCAGAUCCUGUUAUGGAACAUUUAGCAGCCAAACUUCUGUGAGAUGUUCCUUCCAAGCUUCAAUUAUAGGGACACCAUCAGUUUUCUGUGGAAUACAGAAGAUGUACACUAAGAAAAAAACAGAAAAUGCAGAACGGUUUCUUUCCAUAAUAGAUGCUGACAGUUGGCUAAAGAGAAGCGAAUAACCAUGUCGGCUAGCACUGCGCCCAGAUCAGAGGAGCAGUUUUGAAUUCUGACACCAAAAGGAGAAACUCAGAUGUGUGUCAGCUCAGUGCAUUUUUUGUACUGGGAAGAGAAAAUAAUCAUAUUCGAAAAAGAUGCCGUUUUAACACAGGCCCGGAAUGUGGUUACAGAAACUAGAGUUCCAACACAAAAGGGGGAAGAUACCAGAAUGGCACACACCUUCAAUAUUAUGCCUAAAUCAUUUUAUUUGCUGCUCAGUUCCUUUGCUGCUAGAGGGAUAUAUCUAGUUAUUGGAUAUGUUCAAAUUCAAAACAGAACAAAAUUUUAAAUUGUUAUAGUUCUAUUGAACAUUUAUUGCUCUCAAUUUUAAAAAAUUUGAAAUAGAAAAUAAUCAUUGACAUGUAUUUUCUGAGGCUACCAAGCCUGUGUACAUGACUCAUAUAAAAAAUGCUCUUCAGGCUUUUAUUGAUAGAUCUUUACUUUUUGUAGAGAUCAGUUCUUAUACAUGGUGGCCCACUUGACUAAAAAGUAUUCACUUCAUCUCUAAGAACCAUUGAUCAGGAAUUUUAUAGUAACCUGUUAGCAGACGUCCAGACUUCCUUCUCAGAGGCCAAACAAUUCUUUUCAUUUUUGCAAAAAAGGAAAUUCUUUAAAUAAGUAAUCCUGCUUUAGUAUUCUUAUGAUGUACGUUGCCCAUAUCUGCAGUGUUAUUAAGAGUAAGAUUCUGUGACACACAUUCAAAAUGAAGGAUCUACUCCUAUUUAGAUUAUGGAACUGACUAAUGAGCCAGGGGUGAAAGGACUACCAAUCAGGAGCAUCCUGCAGUUAACAAAAUUUCAAACAUUGGGUAAAAACAGGUUAGCACACACUAGUUCCCUCUGGCAGUAAAGGAGAUUAAUUGAUGCAUCUGUGAAAAAACGUCGACAAAUUCAUGCAUUAGUUGUUAUAUUGGAGCAAAAAAAUUCAGUGAACAGAACCAGCUUUUUUUUCUGUGAUUCAAACUCCUUGUCCAUAUGAUUGAGCUUGUUAACAAUUAGCAAAGAAAGACAUGCACCACUCCCGCCAUAUUCAAAGUGCAAUGUAAUUUGUAUGUUGGCUUAAUAAUAGAUCUGUGCUAGUCUUUAUUUUUUAAUUUUUUUUUUUUUUUAUAAAGGGGCUAUCAUAAACUGUAUUAGAGGGGGGUGAGGGGAUGGAACAAACCUUGGAUUUAUAUUUUUGAAUGUAAUUAGUGAAACAUAAAAAGGGUGCAUGAUCUAAAUGACAUGUCAUGAUGUCGACACAUUAACUAAUUUCUUCUUAAACCGUCACCACAUGUCCUCUCCCACCCCACCCCACCCCGAAGGAUGUGUAAAGUAAUGGGAGACUUGCCCUGCCCUGACCCCGCAGGGAAACGUUUAUAAUAAAUCAGGUUUAACUUAAAAUUUGCUUCCACUUAUGGGAGCGAAAGGAAAGAAACCAAUGUCUGACAAGAGGCAAAGAGUAAAGGUUAAUGUAUUUGUACAUAGAAAUAUAUAUCAGUCUUUUAAAAAAAAAAAUGUAAAAGUUGUACAUUUCUCAACAAAUCUAAAUUUUUCUUUACUUUUUUUUAAACAU